AUGGCCAAGAUUUCUAGUCUGAUGACCACCACUAUCUGUACUUGCCUGCUCUUUUUGAUAUGUUGCCAUGAAGCCUUGCAUGUGGAGGGAAGGCAUUUGAAGUCCGGGCCGAGCUCAAGGCAUAGUGAGAACAUGGUGAUGAGGACUACCAGUCCAUGCACUAAUGAUGAUCACCGUAACGCUAGUGAUGGCCAUGGUUCGGUGCAAGCUGAUCAUGAUCACCCAAGAAAGGUUGAACAUGUUACUGACAAUUUUCGACCCACGACACCGGGUCACAGUCCGGGCGUUGGUCACUCUAUUAAAAACUGA